UUUCUCUAGACUGGCCAAACCCAUAUCCUGCAACCGUUCUUCACGUUUUUUGUCUGCAGGCCUUUGAGUUGCUCUUCUCUGCAAUUUUCCCAAAAUCUCAACAACUUUUUUGUAACGUGGUGACCAAAACUGGAUGCCACAUUCUCCAGAAGCCCCCCAAUCACCCUUGUUGCUCUUCGCUUGAGCAGGAACUCCUCAUUCCCCCCUCCCACGAUGUCAGCCUAACCUCAGCUGGGGAGAGGGGGGACCCAGGGGAUGGGGAGGCUCUGAGCACCUGGGCAGGGGAGAUGGGCCAGCCACAGGGGCGGGGCUUCUGGGGAAUGGGCGUGGCCUCUGCACAGGUAAGAUCCCCUGCCACCUGAGGCUCCCGCAGAGCGUUGCGGUCCAGGCUGACUGUUCGGAUUGCUCGCUUUGCACCCGUGCCUGCCCUCUAUCUCUCUCUCAACAGCCCCAUGAUGCACUCCCAGAUGCCAGUCCAGUCCCUUCUCUGCGCCCUCCUGAUGCUGCCUCUGGGGGUGCCCCAGGGUCUUGUCGAAUUGCGCCUCUCAGAUCAGGGGGUGCAGCAGGCUGCAGCCUUUGCCGUGCAGGAAUACAACAACGACCAACAAGACGCUCCCUCCUAUUUUAAAAAGCUGCAAGUUGUGUACGCUCAAUCACCGGUGAAUUUUCCCAACGUAUACCAUCUUACUGUCGCGUUGGUGAAAACUGCAUGUCUAAAGAGGCCCGGUACCACAAUGGCGUACGUGAAGAUCCAGCAAUGUCCUCUAUUUCCAGGCCAUCCGCAGGUAACCUGCUACUUUAAAAUCACAUCUUAUCAUGGGGAUACUAUGAGCUUGGAUGUCCAAAUGUGCCUUGAUUCUCUUGACAGAGAGGUGCAAUGGAGUCCCGAACAUCGCCAUCUCUGAGUUUCUGAAAUUGUUCCUUGACAUACACAGAGGCCUUUCCUGGCGCUUCUGUUUUCUCUAAUUUUCAUCUUUGAGAAGAAUCGACAUUUUGCUCAUUCAGUCGAUUAGUCUUAAUAAAGCGAUCAUCAUGGCGUUCCGUCUUGUCUUCCUUUCUUGUCCAAAUCCCAUCCAGCCUUUCCGUUUUCACGGCGACAGCACAAUGACACCAUGGCUUGUUCAAGAAAGCCUCCAGCCAUUUGGGGUACUUUCCAAACUUCUGGAAAGUUUGAUCCGUUUGACAGUUUUCAAGAAGUGCAAUUAAGAUUUUUAACAGAAUUAA